AUUAAAUUAUUUAUUGUCAUCAAAAAUGUCGCCAUAUUCCAUCUUUAUUGUGUAUCUCACUGCGGUAGCAUGUUCUGCUACCCAAAUGAAUAGAAUUGUUGGCGGUGAACCUACAACCAUCGAGAAGUAUCCAAUUAUAGUACAAGUGGAGCAUCUGAUUGGUUUAAAUGUGUUCUCUCAAAUGUGCGCCGGCAGCGUGCUGACUAGACGAACUAUACUAUCAGCCGCCCAUUGCUUUGACGUCGGUCCAACAUCUCAGCAACGCUAUCGCAUCAGAGCUGGCAGUUCUAAUCGCAAUGUUGGUGGCAUCAUCAGACAAGUUGCCACCAUCUUCAACAACCCGACCUGGGGUCUGAACGACUACGAUGGUGAUGCUUCUUUGCUUUUCCUCGAGAGUCCACUAGAGUACACCGAUGUUAUCAAACAAGCUACUAUAGUGACUAGUGGAUUUGUCGCACCUGAUAACUUACCGAUCACUCAUAUAGGUUGGGGAAUGACUUCGUUCCCAGGUGACCGUGCAGAAGUUCUCCAAGAAGUCAGGGUAUUUUCUAUCAAUAAUGAUCUUUGCCGUGAAAGAUACGAAGCUCAUGAUCCUCCUAGAGUGGUCACUACCAACAUGAUUUGCGCUGGCAUCCUCGAUGUUGGGGGUAAAGGACCUUGCUGGGGAGACUCUGGAGGCCCUGUGUUCUUUGAAAAUAUUGUUAUUGGUAUUGUUGCGUGGGGUGAAGGAUGUGCUAACAAGACCACGCCCGGAGUUAAUACUGCUGUGUCAUCGUACACCACCUGGAUUGUUGAAAAUGCUAUAUAAAUUACAAUUCGUUUUUAUAUUUGGAUGUGAUAUUGUUUA